CAACAUGGCAGAUCCCGAGCUAGACGAUUUCCGUGAAUUUUUCGAAUUUUCCCCUCAACCACCGAAAGAACAUGUCAACAGAUACACGCUUGCCCACGACAUCACCGUAGAUUCGCCCUCCCCAACAGAAUCACCAGAAUCUCCGGACUCCCCGAAUGAUGAUGACAGACUGCCCUCAGUUAUUGACGACAAUAAAUGUUGCACAGACGCAGAUUUUUCGUGCCCCCAUCUCCCCAGAGCUGCUCCUCCAGUUCCACCUGUGUUUCCCCCAAGUCCUGAAAUUGAAAAUAUUCCAAAUCCACUUUGCGGCGCACCCAGUCCCCGGCAUAAACCAGCAUUAAGAUCAGGGAACUCCUCGGUAACCAGCAGCCCCAAGAGGAAAGUAGACUUCCAAGGCAGCCCAUCUAAACUGGUAACUCCUAAGAAACCAAAGAAUAAUAUAAGUCCUAGUAGAUCGAUUUCGCAAAAGAACUCCACAAAUAAUAACCAGAGACUUCGCCCUCCAACCCACAAACUGUUGUCUAACGCAAGUAAUAACAAUAACCUUAACAAUUCAUCGAACGCUAGUCCCAUCGCAAGCCCAAGAAGAUUACGGCAGUUGAGCGUCGGAGAAGAAAUAGUGGAUGUCUUCGUGAGAAGUUGUGGGUCUCCGAUUUGUGGCUCACCUCGACCUAGACCAGCUGGGUCCCUACAAACAAGCCCCGUUGAGAGUCUUGACAGCUUCGAAUGUGUCGAGAAUGAUGACGAAUACGAGGAGGAUGACGGUGUUAAUUUUGAGCUUGGGUGCAGUUUGGAAGACGAGGAUGGAUACGAAGUAGAUGAAAUUCUCACUGUGGAAGUGGAAGAAAAUUUCCCAGAAGUCGAACAAAAUCAGCCAGUGAAAUCUAAAGAAACACACUCGGGGGAGAAUCUGACUGGGUCACAAGUUACUGAAUCAGGAACGGAGCAGGAAAAAUCGAGUAAAGAUGAAAAGGAAGUGGAAAAACAAGAUUGCGAUGGCGAACUUGAUGCGGUUUCUGAUCUUGAUUGUCUCGAUGCUGACAAGGAUGGAAAAGAUGAAGUUCCAUCGUCGGCUGACAGAGACAACUCCAACACCCUCUCCCCCCAGCCAGCCGCGGGCAGAAGGAGACGACUGUUGCCUGAAAUUCCUAAGAAUAAAAAAU